AUUUUCAUUCGCCUGGCUGUUCUGGCACUGUUUCGAGAUAAGACUAACUAUUAUUCACGUGCUCCUGAUUUAGAUUUCUUGUAGUUAGAAUUCACAUCGCAUGGUGUCAGUGUAAUAGGAAAACUAAGCAUUACACUGGCUUGUCGUCAGGGCGUUUUGGUUCCACCUCUUUUUGAGUCUUCCACUCGAUCUUGUCACAGUCGUUUCUGAGUUCACUGCUGCCUUUGGACAGACUCUAUUUUCCCUCAUGUUUGUCGCUGUAAGAAGAGGAUGAAGAUUACCACAUGGGGAAGACCUGGAUUCUGUCAUUAUAGCGCAGUUGCUGUUUUUGUGACAAGUCACUAAUGAUAUCGGGUUUAACAAUGGAACAAAGAAGGUGCGAGCGGCGAAGGGCGAGAGGAUAUUUGGUCGGCUGCGUGGUUGCGGUGCUUUUGUGGAGCGCAGCCUCAGCGCAAAUACGAUAUUCAACCUCUGAGGAGGUUAACGAGGGAACUGUUGUUGGAAAUAUAGCAAAAGAUCUGGGAUUAGAUAAAGCCACACUGAAAGACAGGAAGUAUCGGAUUGUUUCCAGUAAUACGGAUCCUCUUUUCCGUGUAAAUCAAAACGACGGCAUCCUGUAUGUGAGCAGAAAGAUCGACAGAGAAGAGGUGUGUGCGCAGAGCAGUACGUGUUUGAUAAAUCUAAAAACUGUGCUAGAAAAUCCAUUGGAGGUUCACUAUGUUGGAGUGGAGGUGCUCGAUAUAAACGACCAUGCUCCCAGUUUCCCGGAGGAAGAGAAAAUGUUGGAGAUUUCUGAGUCCGUGUUGCCGGGAGUACGUAUUCCGGUACAACAUGCACGCGAUCCAGACGGGGGUGCGUUUUCUGUUCAGCAAUAUAAAUUGAGCCCCAGUGACCACUUCCGUUUGGAAGUUAAGGAUAAGGGAGAAGAUGGUAAAAUACCCAUAUUAGUUGUGCAGAAAUCUUUAGACAGGGAAGCUGCAGGCAGUCACUCAUUAGUGUUAACAGCACUGGAUGGAGGGAAACCUCCGAAAUCUGGCGAAAUGAAUAUUCUAGUAAACGUGUUGGAUAUUAAUGAUAACGCACCUCUUUUUACUAGAGAUGUUUAUUCUGUGAUGCUCGAUGAAAAUGCUCCAGUAGGUACAACAGUCAUACAAGUGAAUGCAACUGAUUUAGAUGACGGCCCGAACGGAGAAGUAGUUUACUCAUUUAGCAGUAUUGUGAAUCGUAAAUUGUUAAACCUUUUUGAUAUUGAUCCAUCAACUGGAGAAAUAACUGUUAAAGGGCUCAUAGAUUAUGAGGAGAAGGACAAAUAUGAAAUUGAAAUUCAAGCAUCAGAUAAAGGUUUAGCUCCUCUGGCCACACAAAAAAGCGUAAUUAUUAAGAUAGUUGACGUCAAUGAUAACGCACCUGAGAUUGAAGUUACUUCGUUUUCAAGCUCCAUCCCUGAAGACUCCAGACCUGGAACUACAGUUGCCCUCAUCAGUGUCAAUGACUUGGACUCUGGUCUCAAUGGGAAAGUUAUUUGCUCCAUAGGUGAGGAUGUUCCAUUUACUUUAUCACCAUCCUUACAAGACAAAAUGUAUUCAUUAGUCACCAAAUCACCUCUGGACAGAGAGAAACAGUCACAUUAUGACUUAACAAUAAGUGCAAAAGAUGCUGGUCAGCCACCAUUAUCAUCAGAAAAGACCAUCAGUGUUGUGGUGUCAGAUGUGAAUGACAACAGUCCAGAGUUUUCACUGAGUCCUUACACUUUCUAUGUCAGUGAGGGGAAUGAGCCAGGAGCCUCAGUGUUUUCUGUUAAAGCUUCUGAUCGCGAUGAGAACGACAAUGCUCUCAUUUCCUAUCAUAUUCUCAGAGAUGGAAGCGAAGUAAAUAAAUUGGCCUCAUUUCUCAACAUAAAUUCUGAAAACGGACAAAUUUCCGCCCUAAAAAGUUUUGACUUUGAGACUCUGAAAACGUUCCAGUUCCAAGUCGUGGCCACAGACUCUGGAACUCCGUCACUGAGCAGCAACGUCACAGUGAACGUGUUCAUUCUGGAUCAGAACGACAACGCUCCAGUCAUCCUGUAUCCAGUCAGCUCCAACGGCUCUGCUGAAGGUGUGGAGGAGAUUCCCCGCAAUGUGAACGCAGGACACUUGGUGACUAAAGUCAGAGCCUAUGACGCUGAUAUAGGAUAUAACGGCUGGUUACUCUUUUCACUGCAGGAAGUCACUGACCACAGUCUCUUUGCUUUGGACCGCUAUACAGGACAGAUCAGAACACUUCGCUCAUUCACAGAGACAGACGAGGCUGAGCACAAACUGCUCAUACUGGUCAAAGACAAUGGGAACGUUUCCCUCUCAGCAACAGCUACUGUGAUUGUCAAAGUGGUGGAGCCCAAAGAGGCUUUUGCAGCCUCUGACGUUAAAAGUGCAGCCAAAGAUGAUGAGGGGAAUGAUGUGACUUUUUAUCUCAUCAUAACUUUGGGCUCAGUUUCAGUCCUUUUCCUCAUCAGUAUCAUCGUGCUGAUUGCAAUGCAGUGCUCCAAAUCCACAGACUAUACUUCUAAAUAUCUACAAGAGACUAAUUAUGACGGGACACUGUGUCACAGCAUCCAGUACAGAUCUGGAGACAAACGCUACAUGUUAGUUGGACCCAGAAUGAGUAUAGGAUCUACUAUAGUCCCUGGCAGCCAUGCAAAUACUCUGGUGCUCCCUGACAGGAGACGUACUUCUGAAGAGGUAAGACACGUCUAAACAGGUGUGUUUUUAUUUGUUUGUUUUUCAGAAAUUACUUUCUGUAAUUUAACAGCAUUUUUAGAGUAUUCUGCAUGUUUUUAAUAGACAAGUGAGGCAAACUUCCAUACAUAACAAGCAAUAUCUGGAAAUUUUUUCUUCAUUUCUCCUAGAUGGGUUAGAAUGGAUGUUUCUGAUAACAUCUGGUUGAUAUCAGAAAAACUUUGUGUUUCUGGAUUUGCACAAACUGUUGUCAGUUAAUCCACGUCCAUAUUUCGUAUAAGCUGCACAUGAGGGACAUUGAUUGCAGUUGAGUUUAAUGAAAACUGUGAAAUGUUUGCUGACUCGUUUGCUCAUUUGUGUCCUACACACACUGCAUUGUAUGCUUUUAUGGGACUGUGGUCUGAAUUUGCAAAGUAUUGUGGUGUAUCCACUGGCUGUUUCUCUGGUUUCCUUUGCAUGAUGCUCUGCAGAAAUCUAAAGCACUGAAAGGCGUUUAUGGUCUUGUUUUA